GAACAGUUGCGUCAGAGGCGCAUACGAUAGAUUGAUUGUUCAAGGUGAAACCGAUCCUCUUCGGGAAGUUCAAACUUUCAGUUCGCAGUACUAGGUUGAUGAUUUAUCUGCAGCAAAGUAAUAUGGACGGACUCUAUGGAUUGAGCCUAGUCCGACGAUCAUGUUGGGAGUUUAAUUUGAGUAGCAGGAAGAUCAACUAAGACGUUAGACUUUUGCCGUAUAUAUUUUUAAUAUGGAUAUUUGAUGCUCUCUUUGUUCUUCCUUUGAUAGAACAGUAAUAGUAAUGGUGAUGUAGCAACAGUAAUAGUACAGUAACAGUAAUAGUAACAGUAACAGUAACAGUGUAUAGAACAGUAACAGUAAUAGUACUUAUUUUAUUGGUGAUGUAGCAACAAGUGCCGGCACAGUGGAUUGACACCAGAUCAAAGAACAGGCCGUGACUAUUAUCUUUCCAUUACAGAUAAUCCGGACAACUCCUUUCCUACUUUACAGACAACUCCUUUCCUACUUUUUUUUUCAAUAGGUCAAUAGGUCCACCCAGUAAUUGAUCCACUGAACUUGUGCCCUACGGCCGUGACCGGGUUUAGGCCACUGGGGCAAAGCACGAAUAAAUGGGCUUCGUCCGUGCGCUAGGUUCUCUUCUGCUUGCCGCUGUAGUUAAGGAAACCAAGAGAGCAUCCCCAUCCCGUAAAUCUAAAUUCAAGUAUUAAAUAUUGCAUGAAGAGAGUAUCACUGUGUGCAUGAAGAGAAGCGAACCUCAUUCCUGGCUCUUUUCCAAAGGGGAAAAGAAGCGUCAAAUGAUCACAUGACUCGCAACCCCCGCUACCCGUUGCACUUUGACACGGUACCCCAUGAAUGGGUUAACCACUACUGCUACUCCUCCUGUUCCUACUGCUACUGCUCCAGGCUGCAAGAGUGUUGGCCGAUAGCUGCUCUAAUAUCCCGGCCCGGGGCUUAGGAGCAUGUACGGCCGAGAGCUGCACGGACGAUGGCAAUUGCGAAACGAGGGCAUGCCAGAUCCUAGGUCCGGCAGACCCUGCUAAAAAAGAGGCAUCAGGUAAGCAAAAUGUUUUCUAUUAAAGAUAUAGGGGCCAUAGGCACAGGCAAACAAAACGUCUUUAUUGACCAUAUCAUUUGAGUUUGCGGUUUAACGUUCUUGUAUUAGCCAUCGCAUAAAAUUCGGUUCUCUUGUUCAAAUUCCUUUUUGACAUGUUCUCUUUCUAUGUUCUUCACUUUCACAAACACUUCAAUUGAAGCGAGAUUCUACUUUACAGGUUUCAUUAUCUCCUGUACUGGCUGACGAUUAAACCAAGAACACAACGCAGCGCUAAAAGCGUGGCUGAAUGGUCCAAAUAUCGAAAAAUUCGACGGACUUGAAAUGGUACCCAUAGACAUUUAAGUAAGUAAUUCUAACACCACGUAAAACGACCACCUAGAACUAACUGUCGCAGUUGAGUGGUAUGAUAAAGAGCUGAAGACAAGAAUAUUGAUGACUGGUGUAAAUCAAACUCCACUUGCAGAAAUGGGAGCACGGACAUAAUCCGGAAUUGCAUGUGGGGUCGGAUGUCACGGAUUUAAACGGCUAUGAUGAAAGGGCCAUCGAAAGGCUCCUGCGGCAGAAGGGCUUUGGUUCGGACGAACUCUAGCGGAGGUGGAACGUUUUUCACCAUAAGACGAGAUGGUACUCGGAGAAGAAGAAUUUGAGGUAAAUUCAUGGUGAAGAAAUUCAUGGCGAAGGGGACGGACCAAGAUGAAGCAGCCAAGUGGAAGAUGAUCAUGGAAGUGGAAGAGGAUGAUGAAAAUAGAAGAGAAGCGCACUACUCAGGAGGAGGAGUAGCUUGUUUGUAGUAGUACAACAAUUUACGAAGGACCUAUAAUACCACGACCCCAUUAUAACGAGAUCACAUCAACAUCCAAGAAGUGAGGACCCAAGUCUACAUCAAUUUCAAGAAGUAGAAGAAGUUGCACCACAAUAUGGCGCCGGUAUCUAUUCCCCUGAGACGUGCAAAUCCCAUUUGUAUCCCAAAUGAUCACUCUGCAUUUCCGUCAGCCCUUUUGCGUUAGCCGUUGGGCGGUCUCGGAAUCGCCAAUUAGAACUCAACACCAUCUUCUGCAUCUACUAGACUGGUUUCUGAGACGGUUUCCGGACACUUUUUAGAAGAAGCGGUGCAAUUGGAAUCUCUUCAUGAUAUUCCUAUGUGACGAACGAUACACGUUUUUGGCUAUGCAUGUCUAAAAACUUGGUUGUCGUUCUGAUUUAGCGGACAAUUAUAACAACGAUGGUCGUGAGGGUCAGCGGUCGUGUGAGCCAGUGCAGACCGUGCCAGAGGGUGCAGACCGUGCAAGAGGAUAUUCUUGUGGUGCCUCACUCCAGGCCCAGCAGUAGCGCAGAGUAGGUGGUGAUUUGCAAGGUAACGAAUUAGAUUUUCUUAGAUGCUUACAACAUUUUUCUAGAGAUUUGUUCGCGUGAACAACAGUGCUAGACCUCUCUGAAUUUUUCAAGGAAGAUGCCGAAAUACUGAAUACUUACUUUCUUGUACAACUAACAACCUGUUUCUGGGGAGGACAUAUAAGAUUCAAUUUUUUGUCAUUUUUGUGCAGUCACAACAAGUGUAUGGAGACGAUUAGUCUGUCAUGUUCAUUAUGGAUAAUUGCUUCACAGAUACUUAGGACUUGUGACACAUCGGGGAUAAUUCAUGUGUCUACAAUUGUUUCCCAGCAUGAAUCUUCUACAACAUGCUCGUUGUCGUAGUCGCAAUUCGCUUCUAUUAACCUUUCAUCCUUGAAGAUAAUGUUUCUGCGUGAGCGGAAGGGAUUCUCCCUAGCUCCUGAGGAGAAACCUAAAAGACAUUUCACUUUUCGCACCACGUAUGAUCGUUCGCGUCUGAAGAUACGAAUUCCGCGUGUACAACCACUAGGAACUACGGAAGAAGAUCAAGCCUUCAAAGGAGGUCGAGGUUGCUGGUUGC